AUGGCCUCCAGCGCAGGCGCAAGCAGCUCAACAAGGCCAGGCGGUCAACCCAAGCCGCCUGUCGUCGUCCCAGGGACAGGCAACAACAUUAUAGUCAAUCCUUGUCAGAGAGGAAACCCUAUCUUGGAAUGUGUGAGAAAUGUUGGCAAGGAGUAUGGGGACAUACUGGCAGACUACCAAGUGGGAAGAACUACAGGCGUCUUGUUCUUAAGUCUACGAUAUCAUAGGCUGCAUCCUGAAUAUAUCCACCAGCGCAUUGAGAAGCUGGGACAUGCGUACAAUCUCCGCAUCCUUCUGCUAAUGUGUGAUGUGAGCGAGCAUCAAGAACCAAUCCGUGAACUGACCAAGAUAUGCCUCAUCAACGAAAUCACUGUCAUGGUUGCAUGGAACGCGGAAGAAGCGGGCUACUACUUGUCGACCUACAAGCAGUUUGAGCACAAGCCGCCAGACCUCAUCAAAGAACGUGUCGACAAGGAUUACAAUUCGAUGCUCCGUACCGCUCUGACAAGCAUCAGCAAAGUGAAUAAGACUGAUGUGGAAACUCUACGGACCUCCUUCGGGAGCUUCGCUACUAUAGCGAAAGCCUCGUCUGAGCAACUACAAAACCUGCCGGGAUUCGGUCAAGUCAAGGCCAAGCGCAUACAAGACGCGUUCAACAAGCCCUUCCGCAACAAUAGCACCAGUGCGCUCCCCGUGAGCACACAGCUGCAAGUCCGCGCCAGCCAACAAGCUUCCACGAGCUCCGAGGGCCAGGCACAUAACACUGACAAGGGCAAAGGACGAGCGAUAGAGCCUGAACCCAUUGACGGAACAGACUUCGUCUCUGGACGACGUGCCCCUACUCCGCCACGACCGCCGCCAGCUCCGCGGGCCCGCUCGCCAAGCCCGACGUGGGACAUGGAGCUCGACCUCAACGAUUCCCCCGAGCCAACGCCGGAAUCAGGCCCUCCUCCCAUGCGCAAACGCCCGCCAAGUCCUGUGUGGGAUCUUGAGCUGGAUCUGAAUUCGAGCGACUUGGAAGAUGGUGAUAUCGGACGGGAGGAUGGAAGGGGGAGAAAACGUCCGAGAGAGGGUUCUGCGGAGUUCGGUGCGCCGACGAUAUUGACGGGAUCGUAG